AUCUACUUUCGCUGGUCUCCCUUUUUUAGUCACUCUUCGAAUUGCCUAGCCUCUCUUACAUCUUGACUCAAGCCAUGCUUUCCGCAACCCUCCAAUCACUCUUGUUCGUACUCGCCGUGUCUUCUGGAAUCGCGCAUGCCGAGGCGAAGGAAGUGCGUCGCUUAGAGCUCAGCGCGCGCCAGGGCAGCCAUCCGUUCACAUUCGUGAACCGCUGCGGCGGCCCCAUCACCCCCGUCAUCGCGGACACCAAGUGCGGGUACAGCCCGCGCUGCGGCGACGCCGCAUCCUACUCAGGCCCGCAGCCCGGCGCCAUCGCCCCGGGCGCGAGCGCGACGUACAACAUCAACACCGCGUGGGUCGGCCGCGUGUUUGCCUCGCACCCGCAGUGCGGGCCCAAGGGCGAGAGCUGCACGCUCGGGGAGUUCAAUCUCGAUACCGGCAGCCAGUUCACCGCGCAGGCGUAUGAUAUCAGCAAUAUCCAGGGCUUUACGGACGGCAUGGCAAUCAGCGCUGCGGGGUGCGCGGGUGUGUCGUGCCCGAAUGUCAACUGUGGAUGCACACAGGCGUAUGCCCCGGGUGAUCUGUCUGGCUGUGGUGCCGAUUUGCCUGUCCGCGCAUGUGGUCCGGGCUCUGUGGCUUUCACCGUUACGUGGUGUCCAUGAGUCCUUGAGAAUCACGGUUAAAUUUACACCCGGGGCUCACGAAAACGAGUCGUCUCAUCCAUAUUGUCUGCAUGAUAGAAUUUUGUUUUUCACUAACACUGCGGGGGGACUUAUUUUUUUUCCGCGGAGAACACAUUACAAUCUAGAAGUCCGAUUUUCACCGAUCUGUUCCAGAAAAAAAAAAAAAACUCAAAAUAGAUGUCGAUUUACAGCUCGAUUUUUACCACAAAUAGACAUAUAUUUUUCCCAAAAACAGAAUUGUAAAC